AUGGAUGAGAAGCUGCAUUUGAUGAAGGCGACGGGGAUGCAUGCGCACAUCGUUGCUGCCCAUCAUCUAUCAAUAUCUAUCAUCCUCGAGGUUGAUGAUGAUGAUGAUGAUGAUGAUGCUGAGAUAGAUGUACCGUACCUACCGUAUGCAUGCCCGUGGAUGGACCAGACGAUGGACGGUCGAUACGAUGGUGAGCGAGCGUUGGAGCUGGGGAGAUCAGACCUUCGAUCAGCCACCGGCAGUWGUCAUCAUUCCUCGAUCGCCUUCCUUCGUGUCCUGCUCGUUUCCCAUGUCGGCUCCAUUUCUCGUUUGCAUCCUCCUCGUCGCGGCCUGCCAUUCGCUCCCGCCAUCAUAAGCGCCACGCCACCUGCAGGUUACUGCAGCACAGCGUCGCCGGCAUGCGCGGCGCCGUUGUGA